AUGUUUAUCUUCCUUCUUCUACUUUUAUAUCUCUUCAGGACUUUGACUUUUUGUAUCUCCUCCUUAUCUCUCGUUCCUAUUUCCUUCUUUCUUUUUGUAUCUCUUAAUAUAUUUUCCUUCCUCCUUGUUAUCUCUCCUAAACCUUCUUCUUUUGUUCGUUCCUAUUUCCUUCUUAUUUUUAUCUCUUGUUUAUUUUCCUCUAUUCCUUCCUCCUCCUUAUCCUCUCCUUCCUAUUUUGACUUACUUUUGGUAUCUCUUAUCUCCUUCCCACUCCUGUUCAUUCCUCCUCUUAAUAUAUUUUGUCUUUUUUCUUAUCUCUCUAAACACUUUCCUUCUACCAUUCCUUUACCUUAUUCUCGCUUCUGGGACUUUGACGCUAAUGUCCUUAUCCUCUCAAUUUUUCUUCUUCUUUUGGUAUAUCUCUUAAUAUAUUUUCUCUUAAUAUAUGUCUUUUGUUAUCUCUCUAAACACUAUUCUACCAAUCAUUUUUGGUAUCAAACUCUUCCCCUAUCUGGGUUCCUCCUUAUCCUCUCAUUCUUGUCCUUCUUACUAAUUAAUUCUCUCAUGUUUAUCUUCCUCCUAUCUUUCCUCUCGUUCUGUUCCUCUCUCCUGGUUUCUUACUUGUACCCCCCCUCUAUUCCUUCAAUUUUAUCCUCUCGUUCUAUUUCCUCUCUUAAUAUUUUUUUGUCUUUUUGUUAUCUCCUUCCUCCUCCUUAUCCUCUAUUCUAUUUCCUUCUCAUUUUGGACUUUUCCUCCUCUUGUCCUCUCGUCUAUUUCCUUCUUCUUUUGGUAUCUCUUAAUAUAUUUUGUCUUUUCCUUCCUCCUCCUUAUCCUCUCGUUUCUAUUUUUCUUCUUACUUUUUUAUCUCUUGUAUCUUUCUCCCCCCUCCUCUAUUCCUUCUCCUCCUUUUCCUUCUCGUUUCUCUUUCCUUCUUGUCUUUUGGUUAUCUCUCCUUAUCUUCGUUCCAUUUCCUUCUUUUUUGUUAUCUCUUCCUUAUCCUUCCUUCCUCCUCCUCGUCCCUCCUAUUUCCUUCUUACUUUUGGUAUCUCUUACUUUUUUUCUCUAUUCCUUCCUCCUCCUUAUCCUCUCGUUCCUAUUUUUUCUUACUUUUGGUAUCUCUCCUUGUCCCCCUCUAUUCUUCCUCCUCCUUUUCCUCUCGUUCCUAUUUCCUUCUUACUUUUGGUAUCUCUUGUUGUAUCCCCCUCUAUUCCUUCCUCCUCCUUAUCUUCGUUUCUAUUUCCUUCUUACUUUUGGUAUCUCUUACUUGUUUUGUCUAUUCCUUCCUCCUCCUUAUCCUCUCGUUCCUAUUUCCUUCUUACUUUUUUAUCUUUUACUUGUACCCCAAACUAUUCCUUCCUCCUCCUUAUCCUCUCGUUCCUAUUUCCUUCUUACUUUUGGUAUCUCUUAUUGUACCCCCCACCAUCCAUUUAUUCCUCCUCCUUAUCCUCCUCGUUCCUAUUUCCUUCUUACUUUUGGUAUCUCUUAUUGUACCCCACUCUAUUUUCCUCCUCCUUUGUCCUCUCGUUCCUUUUCCUUCUUUUUUUUGGUCUCUCUUACUAUUCCCCAUCCAUUUAUUCCUUCUUCUCCUCCUUGUUUGGUAUCUCUCGUUAUGAUUUUCCUUCUUACUUUUCGUUCUAA